GGACAAGGACAAACUGCUAAAUCAGGUAAUAAAGUUGGUAUUAGAUAUAUUGGUAAAUUAAAGAAUGGUAAAGUAUUUGAUAAAAAUACCAAUGGUAAACCAUUUAGUUUUAAUUUAGGUAAAGGUGAAUGUAUUAAAGGAUUUGAUUUAGGAGUUGCUGGUAUGGCAGUUGGAGGUGAAAGAAGAGUUAUAAUUCCUGCUAAAAUGGGUUAUGGAUCUCAAGCCCUUCCAGGAAUUCCUGCUAAUUCUGAAUUAACCUUUGAUAUUAAAUUGGUUUCAUUAAAAUAG